AUGAAGUACUCCGCCGUCAUCGUCUCCGUCAUCGGCCUCGCCGCCGCCCAGACGUUCGAUAUCCCGCAGUGCGCCCAGCAGUGCGUGGCCGCCGCCCUCACCUCCAGCCAGUGCAGCAGCAACGACGCGGUCUGCCUUUGCGGCACCUUGCAGUCCAUCCUGUCCUCCGGCGCCGCUUGCGUUAGCCAGAGCUGUGGCACUAGUGUCGAUCUCAACCAGAUCACCACCGCCGUCACCAAUGCCUGUGCCCCCUUGUUGGGAGGUGGCGGAGCCUCGUCUGUUGCCGUCUCCGCUUCUUCUGCAGUCUCCUCGGCGGUAGCCUCCGCCUCUUCUGCCGUCUCUUCGGCCGUAGCCUCCGCUUCCUCUGCCGUCUCCUCGGCCUCAGCCUCCGCUUCCUCUGCCGCCUCCAGCAGAGCCUCGUCUGCCUCAUCUGCCUCGUCUGCCUCAUCUGCCGCUUCCAGCAGAGCCUCUUCUGCCUCAUCUGCCUCCUCCAGCAGAGCCUCUGCCUCCUCCAGCAGAGCCUCUGCCUCUUCCAGCAGAGCCUCUGCCUCAUCAGCCGCCUCCAGCCGAGCCUCUUCUGCCGCACCGGUGGUGUCGUCUGCUCCCAUCAUCACGGGCCCUGGAUUGACUCGAACCGCUGUUAUCACGACCGCACUCACCGCCCGCAACGGCACCACCACUGCCAUUGUCACCACCGCAGUCCCCGUCCCCGGCCCCGGCCCCGGCCCAGUCACCAACAACGGCACCGUCGUCCCCCCCACCGUCGUUCCCCCCACCCAGACCCCCGUCACCAUCAACGGCGCCGCUACCCACGGCCCUGCCGGCAUCUUGGCCGUCAUCGCUCUUGGUGUCCUUGCUUACCUGUAA